GUACAUAUUCUGUUGCCGUUAACGAUAAUGUGUAAGAAACUGGGACAUACUGAAUAUUCAUGAUUUAAUAGCGUUAAACGCUGGAAAAUGAUUCUUUUUUAACAAUCAAGUAUAAAUCAUUGAUAAUGGGAGGAUCAGAGUCACUACCUAAGGUGUCACUAACCACGGAUCGCGUGGUUCUGGUCACUGGGGGAAAUACGGGUAUUGGAUAUGAGACAGCUAAAUGGAUAGCUAUGAGGGGAGCAAGAGUAAUCAUUGCCUGCAGAUCAGAGGAACGAGCCAAAUCUGCUAUAGAAAGAAUGCAGAACGAGUUCAAAAUGGAAAAAUCCAAGGGUGCUCUCGGGCUUUGCUCAUCCGAGACUCUCGCUUUGGAGUUCAUGACCCUUGACCUGUCGUCCCUCAGAUCUGUGGAAACAUUCAUCAACAAUUUCAAAGCGAAAGAACCUAAACUACAUGUGUUGUUGUGCAAUGCAGGGAUUGGUCUACACGAGCAAAAUUACACCGAGGAUGGAUUCGAAAUUAUGUUUCAGGUGAAUUACCUAGCCCAUUUCCUCUUGGUUGCCAAGCUGUUACCUCUAAUGCUGAACUCGGGUGAGGAUUGUCGGCUUAUCUUUGUUUCCAGUGAAGCACAUCGCACUUCCAGCUUUGAUUUAGAUAAAGCACAAGGAAAGCACCAUACGAAAGAAAAUUUCAAGAGACUCAUGUAUUAUGGAAAUUCUAAACUUUAUCAGAUCAUGCAGAUGUAUUGCUUAAACAGGCGACUGCAGGUGGCGAAUCUAACUGUAAAUAGUUUACAUCCCGGGCUUGUGAACACUGAGAUCAACAGGAAUUUUGAUGACAUGAAAUGUCUUAGUUGUUGCUUUCGGUUAGGAGGAUCCCUCGGUAUGAUUAAAACUCCGUUUCAUGGCGCUAAAACAUCAAUCAGUGCAGCUGUAAACCCACAAUUCAAAGAUACAAGAGAUGCUUACUACAUUGAUAUGAGAAUAGGCCGACCAAACAACCUGGCGAGAGACCAACGCAAGCAAGAGGCCCUCUGGAAGUACUCUGUGGACUGUCUGAAGGAUUUCCUAAAGGAGGAAGAUUUACAAUAUUUAGAAAAGCCUUGAAAAUUUCAAGAUAUAGUCGUUCUAUGUUGCAUACAGCUUUGUCAGAUUCUCGUUAUGAUUAAAUUAAUUUGGAAUGUUC